AUGACGAAGAGUACCUUGCUGGCAGACGUCAAGGCGUCAAGUUGGCUUCCGUUCUUCGGCUGCUUGGUCAUGUGGGCCCAGGAGUACCCGCACUUGAAGAUCGUUCACGAGCUCGGCAGGCAGCACAACGUCGUGGGCCCUUGGAUGGAGAAGUUUCAGGAUGCCGCCGCGUCCUACAUCGCUGACAAGAUCUCCCUCCCGAAGUUGCACGGGACCUUCAAGAAACGCGACAAGGCCAGGGGCAAGAAGGGCGUGAAGAAGACGAUCUCCAAGAAGAAGCAGGCCACAUUCAUCGUGCAGGCCGACGAAGUCUUCCAUCACAAGUCCAAGGUCAGCCGCCUCGCGCCAGGCACCCGCCCCAAGAAGAAGCAGGCGUGGCUGCGGGGCGCGGUCGUGCAGGGCAGCCCAGAGCACUUCGUCUUCCGAGUCUUGGAGCACCCAGAGGACGCGCUCGACGGGCGCCCCCGCGGCAAGGAGGAGAUGGUGACGAACUUCGACACGCUAGGCCUCCGCGAGGGCAUGGCCGUCGCCACGGACGGAUGGCGGGCCACGAUCGCGGCCGUCGAGCACAUCAAGGACAGGGAUGGAUGGUCGGACAGGGACUUGAAGCACGAGAUCGUCGUCCACCCCAAGAGGGAGGUCAAGCACCAGCGUGGCUUCACGACGACCCACAUCGAGAACCGCUGGUGGGUCCCCAAGAGGUGGCUCAAGAAGCGCCUUGGUGGCCGCCUGCCCACUACCUCGGAUCGGCGGAAAUGGGCCCGCUGGGUGACGGAGCUUCAGUACAGGAAUGCCGUCGCGAAGUCGCACUCAAUGGAUGGCGGCCACGCCUACUCCCUGCCGACGAAGGCCUUCCUCUCCCAUGUGGCGGAGGUCACGCGGGCUGGGAGGGGGGCUCUGACGCGGCGCGUAAUCUCGAGGCUCGGCAGCGCCUGCGAUGCAGGCAAUAUGCUGGGCUCGUGGGCGCAUGGCGUGAGAACGGGGGCGGCCGUGUUUGCCGCCCAGGAGCUCAGGCUAGUCAGAGGCCCGGCCCAGCCCGCGGCGGUGGCCGCCGCGUUCGGCGCGGCCGCCGCCCCCGCUGGCGGGCCCCCGACGGCCGCCCCCGACGCCUCGGGCCUCUUCGGCAGACACGAGACAGGUGGCACGUCCGACCUGUUCGGCGACGGUUUCCCUUCGAUGUCCACGCCGACUGGCGUGUUUGGCACAGGGGCCCCGCAGUCGCCGAAAGCGACGCCGGGCGACGUGUCCUCGCUGUUCUGACCGCGGGGCGCGAUAGCGCGAACCGUCCUGCUACCCAGGAAGAGCCAGCGGGGAUAGAAACAGUGCUGUGACAACGGGCAGUGCCUUCCUGUCACUGUUUAUCUGAAUGCGCCCCAGCGCAGCCGUCGUUUUCCUCGCCGAGUGAGCGCGCAGUAGCAAAGCGAUGGUUCACCCAGCAGAAGGCAUCGGUUGGCAAUGCGUGUCUCUCCCAA